AAGAGCGGAGUGACCUUCCUCCGCUUUCAGUCUGAGAGGGGCAGCGCUGAAGCAAGAAGCCGGGUAACAGCUUCUACAGUCCACCUCCCCCCCACCACAGCCUCAGAAAUGAACAACAACUUAGUGGGAGAUGAAGUCGGGAAACUUUUUGUUGGUGGAUUGGACUGGAGCACAACACAAGAGACGCUGAGAAACUACUUCUCGCAGUAUGGAGAGGUAGUAGAUUGUGUCAUCAUGAAGGACAAAACUACAAAUCAGUCUCGAGGUUUUGGCUUUGUUAAAUUCAAAGACCCCAAUUGUGUACGAACAGUGCUGGAAACAAAGCCACAUAAUCUUGAUGGAAGAAAUAUUGACCCGAAGCCAUGCACUCCCAGAGGAAUGCAGCCUGAAAAGUCUCGAACCAAGGAGGGCUGGAAGGGCAGCAAAGCUGACAGCAAUAAAUCAAAGAAGAUAUUUGUAGGUGGAAUCCCCCAUAACUGCGGCGAGCCUGAACUCAGGGAUUAUUUCAAUAGAUUCGGAGUGGUCACAGAGGUGGUAAUGAUCUAUGAUGCGGAGAAGCAGAGGCCCCGAGGUUUUGGAUUUAUUACUUUCGAGGCCGAACAAUCAGUGGACCAGGCUGUCAACAUGCAUUUUCACGACAUCAUGGGCAAAAAAGUGGAAGUAAAGAAGGCAGAACCUCGUGACAGCAAAGCUCCUGGCCAGCUUGUCCCUGGUCAGUGGGCACCCAGGGGUAUCUUGACUGCAGCUAAUGGUUGGACAGCACAGCCGGCCCCAGGCUGGCAACAGCCUUAUGGGCCACAGGGAGUGUGGGUGUCUGCUACUGGUCAGCCCAUAGGUGGGUAUGGGCUUCAGCUGUCAGCAAGCCGGGGAACCCCCACACAGCCUCCGUCACCCUUUAGCGCAUUCCUGGUUACGACCCCGGCUGGCAGCUUCGCAGCACCUCAGGGCUACCCUCAGCAGGGCUACAGCACAGCACCUCAGUUUGGUUACAGUUUUGGCACACCUCACGCAGACCAGUACGCUUCACAAGUUCCUCCUCCACCCACCACUCCAGGAACUGCACCGCUGGGCUUCGCUCCUGCAACCACACCAACUCAGGACUUGAGCAAAGCUCCCACUGGGCAGCCCGACUUCCCUUAUAGCCAAUAUGGGUACGGCCAGGACCUGACAGCCUUCGGCCACAGCUUCGCAGACCCCGGUCAGCCAGCCGCCUCCUACGGGGCUCCAACAGCACAGCCUGCCGCUCCCCAACCCACCGCAAGUGCGUUUGGCAGAGGGCAGAACCACAAUGUACAGGGCUUCCAUCCCUAUCGACGCUGACCUCCAACCCCACUGGGUGGUGCCCAUUGUGUAAAGUUCAGAAACAAAAAGAAGAACGGAAAAAAAAAAAAAAAAAAAGUCAGGGAAACGAGUGUUGUCGCUUAAAGCAAAACUGGAACUCUGAGUUGCCCGUUAGGAUUGUCGAAUGAACACAGAAGCAGAAGCCUGUUGUGAAAACAAGGAUUCCAGGAAAUUUUAAAGAGGUGUUUAAAAAAAAAAAAAA